UUAGAAUUGUAUGUGAAAUUUUUUGAAAUUAGUAUUAGUUUGAUUAGAUAUAUGUUACUAAAAUAGAUAGAUUUUACUAGGUGAACUGAAAAUAGAAUUACACAUGAAAUUGAAUUAAUAUAAGCUUUGUGCACUAUAGGCUGGUGAUCGCGUUUACCAAAUUCGAGGUACGACCAAUUUGGUCACGUACCAUCCACGUUAUGAGCCGUAUCUCCAGGAUGCCGGUUUGUUUAGCGUUCAAUAGUUGGUCCCUAUGCCUGCUGCUAUUGAUGCAUCUUUGAUCACUGCUCUAGUAGAGUGUUGGUGUCCUGAGACAUCGACCUUCCACAUGCCGCUUGGUGAGGUUAUGAUCACUCUGGAGGAUGUUGCCACACUGAGCGGUCUACCGAUCGACGUUGAGGUCGUCAUAGUAGACAUACCAGAUCGGAAGUGGUCGGCGAUGUGUAUCAUACUAUUAGGACAAGCUCCUACCUAUCUUUCCGGCGAUGUCGUCAGGAUAUGUUGGCUUGGGGAGGAUUUCAACAAUCUGUCGCCAAAUGCAUCAUCAGAGAUUACAGGGCAGUUUGCACGAGCUUAUGCCCUAUCUCUGAUGUGGUGUAUGUUGUUCCCCGAUCGGACUGGAGCUACAGUUCAUCUACAGUGUGCACUCAUGUUGGAGAAUUGGUGGAGCGCUGGAUGCUACGCUUGGGGAGCAGCUGUUCUAGCCUACCUGUACCGUGAGAUGGGUAGGUCGGUUCUACAGAUGACACAGGCCUCUUCCAUAGGAGGUGACCUUGGUGGGUGGGUCGCCUUACUGCAGCUCCGGGCGUGGGAGCGAUUUCUACUGAUAGCACCACGACAUACAGUGACGGAUGAGCCUAUUACAGAGGACGCAUAGCCACGUGUGCUCGAUGGCUUCCGGCCAUGACUCGUCAGCAUGGUGACCAGUCCUUCAGUUAUAAGUUGUUUUUUGACGAGCUGUCGACAAUCGUGGUUAGUAAUAACAUUUCAUACAAGAAUAGUUCAUAGUUCUCAUUAGUUUGUUUUAGAUUAAUGAGUAACAAUGUGACUACUUGUUGUGUGUAGUGGCUGCCUUACUGGGAGAGAGGAGAGAAGUUUAGGGGUACUGUGAUCCAGUCAGAUACCUUUCGAGCAGUGGUUCCACUGAUCUGCUUUUCAGUAGUGAUGUGGCACCAUCCAGAUCGCGUACUCCGAAAGUUUGGCAUGAUGUAGAAUGAGCCUCAUCAGCCAGCUCCUAAGGCUGAGAUUAGGUAUUUCCUUCGCCAGACAGUUCGUGGGCCAUCGCGAGGGACAGACAUGCACUGUUGUGUGGUACUGACGGUCAUCUAGUGGAUCCUCGUGGUGGUGGUCGUUGUAGUGGUCAUCGUGGUGGUCGUCGUUAGUGCUACUAUUAUGUAUGACUAUAUAUUAUUGUGGACUGUUUAUCAUGUCAUGAUGUAUUAUUAUGUAUUAUGGUGGACUAUUAUUUCAUCUCAUGAUGUAUUAUUAUCUAUUAUUUUGGACUAUUUAUCUUACUAUUAUUGUCAUGUAUGGUGCCAAUGUCUAGAACGAAAACUUGAACUAUAGAAGUAACAAUAUCGCGGGGCAUGCCUUCGAAAGUUCCAAAACCCAAUUGGCACACUCGAUCGUUCAAACUAUAACAACAUCAACCAAUAACAACUACGUCGAAAAAUAAUAACAACCAACAAAUAAUAAGACACUCGAUCAUUCAAACCAUAACAACAUCAACCAAACUACAUACCACGUCUAUUACCACUAAUUCCUCUUCCACCACCUCUCGCACGUCUACCACUUCCUCUUUGAUGGCUCCCACUGCCACUUGCUCCUCCGCCAGAAGUUGAUGCAUCAUGUCCACCUACUUCCUCUCUUGGCCAAGCCAUCUCGUUGUGAAUUCUUGUUGUUCGUGGCCUCCACGGCUUCCUAAUCAUGUGCACGUUAGGAUGGAGAGUAGAGCCAUUGUGCUUCUUCCACCCCUUAGGUUCACCAAGAGGUGUAAAACUUUUACCAUAACAAGCCAAUACUGUUUCCAGCUUAUAGAUGUCGUUUACAAACCUAUACGGGUUAGCCCCCAUUCAGUUGCAAGUUGCAAUGGCAUGAGAGCAAGGAAUUUUAUUUUCUUGGAAUUUCCCACAAGUGCAAAAUCCUGCUCGAUUGUGGUCAUCGAAAUGCACUGUGAGUGUGUUCGAACCCGUCAUGUUGAAAAUUUUGGGAGGAGUCUGAACUACAUAGAUGCCCUGACGUCGAUCAACCCCGUCAAGGACUGUCCAACUGCCUUUUGUGCCCACGGCUUCAUCAGAUCUUCACAUGGGUUUGUGUACUGUGACUUCCCACUUCUAAUUUGUGCUUCUGUCUCCAACCUCAUCUUAUCGAAUUUAUCCAAUAAUCGCCAAUAAGUAUGUUCCACAAGAGAAGCUACAUGAAGUGAACGAAUACCUUUGAAAACACCAUUGAUGCUCUCUGCCAUGUUGGUCGUCAGCAUAGACCACCGACGCCCACCAUUAUAGUUAUCAUGUGCUAAGCUCCAACGAAGUUGAUUUUGAUCCACCUAGUUAUCACAAGAAAUAUUUCUUUCAGCGGCCAUCUUCUUAAAUUGCUCAACUUGACGAUCGAACUUCUCCAAGCGUUUUUCUUGGGCUAACAAAAUUAAUAACCACAUGAGUUCGAUAAAUUCAUGAUAAUAUU